ACAGAGCUGUGGGGGCCAUGUGGGCUGCAGAGAUCCCCCUGCUGCUGCAGUGUCUCCAAGGAAAAGAUGAGAGCUUCCCAGACCCUGCAGAGUGGGAGUGCCGUUUGCUAAAGUUCCUGAGAGCGUCGCUGGACACCAUCAAGGAUGAGGCCUGGAUCGAGGCCCUGAGCUGCGAGCUGAGCCGGUGGCUGAGCAGCUCUCCCAGCAGCUCUGGAGAAAAGGUGGGUUCCCCCUGUCUCUACCCAGCAGUGCAGCUGCAGGUGCCCUACUGGGACUGGAGCUGAGGCUGGUGCUCUGCCCACGUGGGCUGCUCAUGCUUCUUCCCUGGUCCGUGCCCCCCAGAGGGCCUUUCCCUGCAGUCUGCCCGGAGGCUGGCUAAAGCUCGGCCCUUGCAGCUGCUCUCAGUGACUCCCAGGAAGUGGGUCCUUCCCACCUGGCCCUCUCCCAGCAGAUCAGGCUGCUGCCACAUCCCAGCUUCUUCCUUCCCUUCCCAUGCAGGCUUUCCUGUACAAGGCUCUGGGGACAGCACUGGGAGC